CUAGCCCCGCCCCCCGGGCGGCAGGGUAGUGCUGCGGGCGCGAGGCCAGCGCGGCGCCGCUCCCGCCUCCCGCCGGGCCCGCCGGGCACAGCCGCUCCCGCCGGCCGCCUCCGACCGGCGCUGCCCCGCGCCCCGCGCACGAUAAGCAGUUUCUGAGGACUGAAGGACCUGCAAAGGGACACCUGCUUUUGAGCCACCCUCGAGUGUGUUUGUUAUCAAGAGCACGGAAAUGUAAAUACAAUGGUGGCUGAGCAACUACUCCCUUCCUCCUCCUCUGGCUUCCUGCACUCGGGAAGGUUGCAGAGGAGCUGCAAUGGCUGAGCUGGAGCACAACCUCAGCCUGGCGGACGCUCUGACGGAGCCGCCCCACGAGAUCGAGGAGGAGGUGAAAAGGGACUUCAUUGCCACGCUGGAGGCAGAGAAAUUCGAUGAUGUGGUUGGAGAGACGGUGGAUAAAACAGACUAUGUGCCACUGCUGGAUGACGAGGACGAGGCAAAGCCUGGGAGCCAGGAGCCCAGGGGCAAAGCCCACCCCGAUGGAAUCCAGGUGGAACACUCCUCAGCCUGUGGCCCCACGGUGGUGGAGAACGGUGACCAUGGCCUGGGAGAUCAUCACACAGUGUUCCCAGGAGAAAUCAUGGAUGAAAAGCUGUCUUACAAGGAGUUCCUCGACCGCAACGACUCCUGGGCGCCGGACGAGCGGGAGCUGCGCUUCGACCCGCAGCCCGUGUUCAAGCCCGUGGAGAUGGCUGACCCCUUCAACAUGCACAGAGGGGAGAACCUGCCGGAUCUGUCCUUCCCUGCUGACGUGAGGAGCGUGCCGCUGGUCCCGGGCCACGGGGAAGCUCCCAGAGACAUCCUCGCCCCACACGGCCCUAUGAUGGUACCUGACCAGCCUUUCUUGGGGCCCAUGUAUUCCCCUGCAGAGGCUCUGGACCCGUCAGCCUUCAUGGGCCUGGACUCAAGCACAGAAUUCCUGCAGGACAAAGCAGGUCCUGAAGAAUAUUGGAUGGGAGCUCAGCAGGACAUGAAGGGACCAGAUGCCUCUUUCUUUGUUGAGCCACCAGUGCCCCCUGUAACCACAGAAGCAAUAAAGGCGAGUUUGCCCGAGAGCCCCCCGGCCGUGCCCCCCGGCCCUGCUCCUGCUGCAGGCUCAGCGUUCCCGGGAGAGCCCGGAGCUGCCCACGCACCAAAAGGUGCAGCCCCCGAGGCCAGGCCCGUUCCUGCAGAAAAAGCUGGCUCUGUCCAUGCAGGAGACACCAGCCCUGCCCAAGCUCUGGAUGCUGGAUUUGCACCCUCAGCAGCAGCCAGCCCUUUCCAGGCCAUGGAUGUUGGGUUUUCUCCUGCCCCUGAAGCCAAGUCUCCCAAAGCUGUCAAUGACAAAUCCAGUCCGGGGACAGACCUUGGCUUCUCCCCCACAGCAGAUGCUCCAUCCCACCAUGCCAUGGAUUUGGGGUUUGCCCCAGCAGCAGCUGUGGAAUCCCACCAUGCCAUGGAUUUGGGAUUUGCCCCAGCAGAAGGUAUGGAAUCCCACUAUGCCAUGGAUUUGGGAUUUGCCCCAGCAGCAGAUGCAGAACCUCCACAUGCCUUGGAUUUGGGAUUUGCCCCGGCAGCAGAUGCUCCAUCCCACCAUGCCUUGGAUUUGGGGUUUGCCCCAGCAGCAGGUGUGGAAUCCCACCAUGCCAUGGAUUUGGGGUUUGCCCCAGCAGCAGAUAAUAAACCUAACCACACCAUGGAUUCGGAGUUUGCCCCAGCAGCAGAAGUCAACCAUCACCAUGCCGUGGAUUUGGGAUUUGCUCCAGCAGCAGAUAAUAAAUCUGACCAUGUUAUGGGCUCUGAGUUUGCCCCAGCAGCAGAAGUCAACCACCACCAUGCCAUGGAUUCUGAGUUUGCUCCUGCAGCAGAAGCCAAGCCUCUUCCCACCCUGGAUUCUGGAGCUGUCCCUGCAGCUGACCCCAAAAUUGCUGUGCCUGGAGAGCUGGGGACAUCUGGGUCUGCCCUUCAGCAAGACAGGUCUCCCUUGGACAAGUCUCCUGCAGAAGCAACGGCAAAGGUGGACCAAGAAUCCAAAGUCCCAGAAGCUCGUGUGGAUCAUUUAGAGGACACCAAGGACACCAAACCCCCUCCCAGCCCCUCCAAGGAGCCCCUUCCCGGGCAAACCAACCACCUUCCGGAACCAGCAGCUCCAGCAGAAGCAAAAGAAGACGUUGCACUAGAAAAUAAAGACCUUCCAGAAAAGUCUGUCCCUGCUGUGGUUGUGGAGGCACAGAAGGAGGAGCCUGAGCACAACCACGUGGAACCUCAGCAAGGAGAGGCCCUGCCAGAGCCCACAGGUCUUCCCACUGCACAAGUCAGGCAAGCUCCCAAAUCCAGCGACCGCGGGUUUGGUGGAGCAAAAGCUGCCCCAGUGCCUCUCACAGCUGUGCCAGAGGAACAGCCAGUAGGUCUCCCAGAGCAGAAGAGCCCUGACCCCGUAGUGGAGCUCGGAUGUGGUGCUGGAGCCUCCCCUCGCAGGAGGGUCCCAGCCAGAAAGGCAGCCCAUGGCCCCUCGGGGUCUGUGGAGAGCUACGGGGACCCACCCCGGGAAAACUGGGAUUUGGAAGGUGCCGUGGGGAAGAAAAAGAAAAAGAAACCCAAGCAAAGGAGGAACCAGCUGCCGAGAGCGAUGGAGUUCUGGGAUGGAAAUGGAAGAGCCCCCGGAGCUCCCGGGAAUUCUACCUUUGGUGCCGCACUGCAGGAGCCGGGGGUGUGUCCCGGAAUGCCUGGAGCUGCCUCUGCAAGCAGAGCUUUGGAUGUGCCAAAGGAUGCUAAAAUAACAGCUGGGAGUCAUGUCCUGGAUGAGCAGAAUGCCUCCUCGGUGCCAGCACCGGGACAGCAGGCCCAGAAAUCCCGAGUGCUGGAUGCCAGGCCUGGGGAUGUCCCGAAAACAGAGGGAAGGAGAGGUGAAAGCUGGAUGCUGGAAUGUGAAGGCAAGAGCAAAGAGGUUCCCUUGGAGCAGGUGGGCAGGACUAAGGUGGGGGAAUCUGUCCCAGCAAAGGCACCCACCAAGCCUCUGGAAAGGGAUUUUCCUGAUAAAAAGGAGAAGAGGGAGGAUAAGGAGCCCAGACGUGCUGACCUGGUCAAUGUGAGCAAAGCAGAAACUCCCUUACAGAGCAAACCUUUGGAAUUGCUCCUUCCUGAUAAAAACAAGGAGCCUAAAACCACAUCUGCCAGUCAGGAAACCCUCAGUGACACUGUCCAUCAGCCUUCCCGUGGGGCUCUGGAAGCAGCAGCAAAGAAAAGCUGGGAAAAAAGCAAAGGGGUUGGGAAUGAAUCCCUCAGAGAGGCUGGGCUGGAGGACAGAGUUCCUGCAGAGCCAAAGGCAGCUGGGGAGACUAAACCAGUGCCAGAGGGAGGACUGAAGACCCCAAGAGAUGCUGCUAAAGGGCCUCUUGCACCCUUGGCUUCCCCAAAGCCUGAGGAGGCUCCUGCUCCACAGGACGGGAAGGCCAACGGUGUUCCCGAUGCUCCCACACGUCCCAGCCCUGCCGAGGCACUGGGCAGGGGGGUGGCAGCAGAUUCCCUGGAUCAAAACAAAGGGAAAGGGUUUGGUGCUUCAGAGCAGCAGGCUGGCAAAGAUCCCUGUUUGACACACGGGAUGGACAGGCCCAGAAAAAAGCGCGGGGAAGGGAAGGGCAAAAGGAUGAAAAGCUUCCCUGAGCACAUGGUGCUCUCAGAGGAUGGGAGCAGAGCCCCUGAGGGAGGGAGGGGGGAUGAGGCCGGGAAAGAAACAGCUUAUCCCGAGAGAGACCAAGGUUUCCCUGCCAGGGGACACCCCCCAGGCAGCUCUGCCCAGGCCUGGCCUGCAGACAAGCCCAAAAAAAGGGGCAGCGAUGGAAGGAGUAAAAAAGGGGAAAGAGGUUUUUUCCAGCAGCCUUUCCUUGAGAAUAAGAUGGAGCCAAGUGGUUUUCCUGAGCUGUCCAAUAAAGCUAAGGAAGUCAGUGAUAAGGGCAGAGAGGGGGGUUGUGUCACUGCUGGGUGUUUGCAGGAGGAUAGAACUAAAAUGCAAAGGCCAACUGAGGUGGUGCCAGGGGAGAUGAAAGAAAACACUGGGAAAGAUGAAAAAGCUGAUUUGGGGGCUUUGGCCCAACCUUUGCUGCUGGAGAGCAGGAGAGAGGAAGCCAAAUGUCCUGCCCUGGGUGACACCAUCAGCCAGACAGAAGAGGUGGAUUUGGGUAAAAAAGGCAGAGAGGCCGGAGGUGCUGCCAGGGAAUCCCUUGGGAUCAGCUCCAGUGGGACACGGGAGGCAGAGAAACCCAGGAAGAGGAGCAGUGAUGGGAAAAGGAAACAGCCUGACAAGACUUUGGGGCAGGCAGCUGUCCUGGGGGCUGGGGGGGACACGGGCCAGGAGAAGGUGGCUGGAAGCAGGAAGGAAACGACCUUGGAUAAGGAGGUGUCUGGUUUGGAAAGAGGGAAUCUGGCAGAGGUGCUGGGCAGGCCUGAAAUCCAGGGUGGCAAUAGGAGUGCCUCUCAUCAGCCAGUUCUUUCAGGUCAUAAGGUGGAGACAUCAGAGCCAGGAACAGGCAGUGCUAAAGAAACUUGGCCCAUGAAUACAGGGAAGGAUCCAGGUAGAUCCCAGCCUCUCCCAGAGCACAGGGCUGGGACACACAGUCCCACCAGGGAAGUGGGGAUGGACGAGACCAAGAGUAAAACUAGAGAUGUGAAAGGCAGAAAGGCUGAAAAUAGUCCUGAGCUGGGUCCAGGUGACAUCCCUGCAGUGGGAAAUGUUAACCAAACUCAGUCUGAGAAGGGCAAAGGGGCUGGUUCCGGGACUCCAGAGGCUCUGCUGGAUGACCUCAGCAUUCCUGCCAAAGGACAGGCUCCUGCUUUGCCUCUGGAACCACAGAAAUCACCCACAGGGAGCAAAGAGAAACACAAAAAGCUGGAGCCUGAGCCUCAACAGCCAUUUGUGCUGGAGCAGAAGGCAGGAGCAGGGACGAGCCCUCCUCGGGACACAGAGAUAAGGGGCAAACCUGAAGGUCCCAGUCCUUCCAGCAGGGACAGAAAUCCUACCCCAGAGCACCCAGCAGUGGCAGAUCCCACUUUGGGCCUGGUUACUGAGAGAUCUAAAAAGAGGGGUUAUGAUGGGAGCAGUAAAAAGACCAGAAGUGCCUCCAAGCAGCCCGUUCUUCCAGAGACAGAUCCAGGCAGGGGUGAAGCACUGCCUGCCCUGGGAUCCCAGCUGGAAUAUGGGGUGGAAGACACGGAUUUUGUAGAUGAAAACAGAAAUAUUAAAAACUUCCCCACUGGCCCUCAAAAGCUUUGGAAUAAUAAAGGAAGUGACCUCCAAUCCUUGGCUGAGAGCACAGUAACUGGCCCUGGGAAUGAGGGAGAUGCUUCCUCUGGCUUCCCAAAGCAGAGAGAUGGGGGUGCAGGGAGUGGGGGGCUUCCUUCCCCUGCUCCUCCUGCUCCUGCUCCUGAAGCACUGGCAGAGAAAAGCAGCAAAGAGCCCGGAGCUGGUGCUAAGGAGGAGAUACAGACCCAGGAAGGUUGUGAGCAGCCCGUCCAUCUGGGACACCAAGAACCCGGAGAAGAGGCUUCAAAGAAAGGUGGGCAGAGCAGAGAGGCUGGUUCCCAGGGUGGCAGUGGGGCAGGGAAACCACUUGCAUUGGCUCCUGCAGCCAGACAGCAUGUUCAGUCAAAGGAGGAUGGAGUUCACCCUUCUCCUGUGGAAAAGGUGGAUGAUAAAGAAGUAAAACCCACUGAUAAAAAGCACAACACUGACAAGGCUUCCUUGGAGAAUAAAGCUGGAGGGGCUGAGCUGGGUGGAGGCAAGAGGAGUGAGAAGAGCUCACUCAGCCAGCCAGGGAGUGUGGCUGAAGCUGAGGCUGCUCAUUUAAAUGUGACAGCUGCCCAAACAACCCAGAUCAGUCCUAAAGAGAAUAAAAAAGGUCCCUCUCAGCCUGCAGAGGAGGGGGAUGCUCUUGGUGGCAAGGCACAUCUGAAGGAGGCUCCGGUGUUGAAGUCUGAGGUAGAUAAACCUCAAGACACAACCAAAGAAAGGGAAUCCCAAGACACAACCAAAAAAAGGGAAUCCCAAGACACAACUAAAGAAAAGAAAUCUCGAGACGCCACCAGAGAAAAAGAAACUCAUGACACAACUGAAGAAAAGGGAUACCAGGAAAAAACUAAAGAAAAGAAAUCUCAAGACACGAAUAAAGAAAAAGAAACUCAAGACACAACCAAAGAAAAGGAAUCUCAAGAAACAACCAAAGAAAAAGAAACUCAAGACGCAACCAAAGAAACUCAAGAGGCAACCAAAGAAACUCAAGAGGCAACCAAAGAAAAGGAAUCUCAAAGCACAACUAAAGAAAAGGAAUCUCAGGACACGAGUAAAGAAGAAGAAUCUCAAGACGUGCAUAAAGACAAGGAAUCUCAAGACACAACCAAAGGAAAAGAAGAAGGGUGUGAACAAAAAGCUGUGCAGGAGGCGAAGAAGGAGCGAGUUAAAGCAGCAGAGCAGCUCAAAGGCUACAUGAGACCCACCAAGAGCCGGGGGGUGCCGGCGCCGCCGGCCAGGUCAGCUCCCGACAGAGCCGUGCCCAGGCAGCCCCGAGCCCCUGGAGCGCCCCGGCCCCGGCCAGACAAAGUGAAACCAGAGGAGCCCAAACCAGCGGAAGCUGUGACAGGGAACGACAUCACAGCUCCUCCCAACAAGGAGCUUCCUCCCAGCCCGGAGAAGAAGACCAAGCCCUCUGCAUCCACCUCCUCUCCAAAGCCGGCAGCAGCGAAGGCCAAGCCCUCGGCCACCACCAGCCCCAAGCGCCCGGGCUCGGCCACCUCAGGCCCAAACAAAAAAGCCACGAGCCCGACUGCAGGUCCUGCAGCCAGCACUGCCAAACGCCCCGGCACCAGCACCGCCCGUCCCUCCUCCUUAGCUGCAAAAGAGACUAAACCAAAGGUUGCGGAUGCGAAGCCCACGGAGAAGAAGAGCUCCCUCUCCAAGCCUCCAUCCUCCACCACUCCCAAGACUCCUCUCAAGAGCUCCCCAGCUGCUCCCAAGACCACGGCGGCGUCUCCGGUCACGGCAGCUCCCGCUGCCAAAACCACCUCGGCCGCGACUCCCAAGAGGCCGUCGUCAAUCAAAACCGACGGGAAGCCGGCGGAGGCCAAGAAGACCUUGGCAAAGUCUCCAUCAGCGGACUCGAGCCGCCCCAAGAGCGCGGCCGGCAACGCCACCAAGAGCAGCGCCACCACUCCCUCCACCGCGGCCUCCAGCGCUCCCAGCGUGCCCGGGGCGCCCACCAGUCGCCCCAAACCCAAGGCUGCCGCAUCCAAACCCGCCUCGACCUCCGCCGCCUCCGCGGAUGCUAAAAAACCCCCCGCCAAGGCCCCCGGCAAGGCCGGCUCCGCGGCCAAGCCGCCCCGGCCCAGCAGCAGCGCCUCCGCCCCCGACCUGAAGAACGUGCGCUCCAAGGUGGGCUCCACGGACAACAUCAAGCACCAGCCCGGCGGGGGGAAGGGGAAGGUAGAGAAAAGGCCCGACCCAGCCGCCGCCGCGCCCAGGCCCGAGCCCAGCGCGGGCACUAAAGUGGCUCCUCCCAAAACAGCCGUAUCAAAAGAGGGGGUCCCCAAACAGCCCAAUGGGAAAGUCCAGAUAGUCUCCAAAAAAGCGAACUACAGCCAUGUUCAGUCCAAGUGUGGUUCCAAGGACAAUAUUAAGCAUGUCCCUGGAGGUGGGAAUGUGCAGAUCCAGAACAAGAAAGUUGACCUUUCCAAAGUGUCCUCCAAGUGUGGCUCUAAAGCAAAUAUCAAGCAUAAGCCAGGGGGAGGAGAUGUCAAAAUUGAGAACCAGAAGCUGAACUUCAAAGAGAAGGCCCAAGCCAAAGUGGGAUCUCUGGACAACGUGGGACACUCGCCGGCAGGAGGGGCCGUGAAGGCCGAGGGCGGUGCGGAGCCGGGGCAGCAGCCGCCGGCGGCCGCGGGCGGAGCGGGGCCGGGGCCGGGCGCGGUGCCGGGGCCGGGUGCGGUGCCGGGUGCGGUGCCAGUCCCGGUCCCGGCCCCGGCGGCCCCGGCGGGCAGCGCGCUGCGGGAGAACGGGGUCGGGCCGGCCGUGCCCCCCGGCCUGGGCACCGCCGAGCAAAGGGACACUCAGAGCUUCGAGACUCACAUACAAGAAACAAGCAUCUAAUGAUGACAUUCUGGUAUCGUCUUCCAUCCCCCCCCUCCCCGUCCCCUCUCCCUCCCGUCCCUCCCGCCCCCUCCCCGUGUCCCCCACCCUGUGUCGCUGCAGAUUGAAUCUCACAAGCUGACGUUCCGUGAGAAGGCCAAGGCUCGCACAGACCACGGAGCUGAAAUCGUCGUCUCCAAACCCCCCAACCUUUCCAGCAGCACCUCCCCCCGGCGCAGCACCUCUGCCAGCGAGAGCCUGGGCUCCCCGUCACCGCUGCCACGGCCGGCUGGCCCCGCCGCGCCCUCCCAGCAAGGCUUGUGACCCCCGGCCCCGCUCCACCGCCCCAGGACCCAGCUUGGCUCUCUUGACCCGGCCUCUGGCUUUAGGUGGGAAGGGACAGCGUUCCGCAGGGCGUCCCGGGGGCUCGGCCCUGCCCGGGCUCGGGGGUCCCUCCGUGGCUGGAAAGGGGUUUCCCUCCCUCUCCGUGCCCGUCCCGUUGGCUUUGGGGGGUCACUCCAGCGGUGGUGUCGCGUCGGGGCCGGGAUCGAGCGGCUCCAGGGCUGUUCCAGUGUAGGGAUGUGCCGGGGGCUGAAGCCAGGCCAGAGUUAACAGGGAUAAGCUGUGAUCUUUCUUUCUGUCUCUUUUUUUUACCCCCUUUCCCUCCUCACCGCUUCAGUUGGAUGCUGAUAUAAACCCUCCACACUCGUUAGGCUGUUUUAACUGUUGACUUGAACCUUUUAUUCUUUGUGACGACGUGUUGAUGAUUUAUUGUGCUACGAGCCCCGUGCUAAGUUUCCUUUUCUCUUUCCUUCCUUCCCACCCCGUAGGAGAGUAGGGACAUUAACCGCUGCUGCCGUGCUGGCUUCUUACUGACAUAUCCAGCCAUUGUAACUUCCUUGUUGUUGUUUGGGGUUUCUUUCAAUAUUUCGAACCGAUGGAGCGAGUUCAUGGGAUUUAAGCCAUGUCUGGAACGAAAGGCACAGGGAUGUGUUAAAGGCGAACUUGCUGUGAGAGCUCAGGUGGAGCCUGUGUUGACCUCAAGGAGACGCUCAUAGACCCUCCCCCGGGGGGUGCCCGGGGCCUCCUGCGUGUCAGCGAGGGAAAAGUGGUUUAUUUAUUAACUGGCACGGCCGGAGCCCUGGGGUUCAUCCCGGUUUUCCAGGGGCUGCGGGGAGGCAGGAGGCUGCCGUGGCCGGUUGACGCAGGCCGGGAGUCCGAGGCUGAAGCAGGUCCUGGGGUGUGAGGGAUGAGUGUGUGUGUGUGUGUGUGUGGUUUUAGCGAGGCUGAGGGAUGGGGACUGUCGGGAUGAGCAGGAAAGGGCAGUGCCCGUCCCGGGAUGGGCAGCGAGCCGGGAGCCCUGGGCUGGGCAGCGGGGCAGGGUUAGUGCCGGGGAGUUGCAGCUCUGACUAGGAAGGAGAUUUUUCCCACUCUUGGAGCUCCUCGUUUCGUGUUGCAAAUGACACUAAAGAAAUGAAAUGUAAAUAAAUUAAAAGAGGAAAGAAAAAAAAAAAAGUGUUCUUGGGUGGUCAAACUAAUUUAAAGAGAAAAAAAAAAACAAAGGAAAGCGGAAUAGCAAAACACUGGGAUCAAAGAGAACUGAACCAGGCUGUGCUAAGGGGGGGCUGCUCCAGGAGGGGACAGAGGGAAGCCUGCAGCUUCUCAUGCUUGUGGGAAUAUUUCUUUGGGAAGCCGACAAUGACACGAUAACCCGGAAUCUGUAUUUACACACAAAGAUUCUUAUUGCACUUGUAUUUUUUAUAUUAAAGUUUGCAUGAUUUCUAAUAAAAUGGCAUUAAAAUGUA